GAUAGAGAGUGACGAACAGACAAGUAAACAGACAGAGAGAUAGAGAGUGACGAACAGACAAGUAAACAGGCAGAGAGAUAGAGAGUGACGAACAGACAAGUAAACAGGCAGAGAGAUAGAGAGUGACGAACAGACAAGUAAACAGGCAGAGAGAUAGAGAGUGACGAACAGACAAGUAAACAGGCAGAGAGAUAGAGAGUGACGAACAGACAAGUAAACAGGCAGAGAGAUAGAGAGUGACGACCAGACAAGUAAACAGGCAGAGAGAUAGAGAGUGACGAACAGACAAGUAAACAGGCAGAGAGAUAGAGAGUGACGAACAGACAAGUAAACAGGCAGAGAGAUAGAGAGUGACGAACAGACAAGUAAACAGGCAGAGAGAUAGAGAGUGACAGACAGACAGACAGACAGGCAGACAGGCAGACAGACAGACAGACAGACAGACAGACAGACAGACAGACAGACAGACAGACAGACAGACAGACAGACAGACAGACAGACAGACAGACAGACAGACAGAAAAUCCUUACAUGACUUCCGUGCCAAGGAGAGCCAAAGGCUUUAAGAUAUACUGUGGUCACAUUGGAUUUAACUGUAGCAGCAAGGACAGCCCAGGACAGGCCAGCCCAGGACAGGCCACAUCAGUGUUGUUGAGAUGGUAAUCACUGCAUCUCCCUGAGGUGUGUUGUUGCCUUGGAGACACCAAGAUGUGAGGCAAUCCCAGGAGAAGAAUCGUUGUGAAAACAAAGUGGAAAGUGAUCAGUGCGCUCCAACACCACUCAGUACCAACAGCAGGGGGAUAUAACAGACAGGUGAACAGAGAUGAUUUCAUAGCCAAUCACCCUUCAGAGGAAGAGGAAGUGACGUCACCUCCUGUUAAAGAGGAAGAGGACUCCAAGGCAGACAUGUUGUCCUCCACGCUGGAGUCAGCUCUCGCCCCUCACUGGAGUGUCCGAAUACGCAGGAACAAGCGGGGUGUCGCCUGCACCGACAUUGGCGUGGUUAGCAAGGCAACCAGCGAGCCCGGACAGGAACCCCAAGGGAGUGGACUGGAAGUGGGCGAGGGGGGAACUUUUUUGAAGCUGCACGACCCUCUCGGGACUGACUCUGUAGUGCAACAGCAACAACAACAGUUUUUGGAGACCAAGAACCAACGUGUUGGGGAGAGGGGGUUGACCCUCGGAUCUCAAGCCCAUGAGAGGGCUUCAACCCUGGCUAGCAGCAGAAGCACAGUGGGGGGCUGGUUUGAGGGGAGUACCCCCAGCCACAAACUAGACCACCCAACAAAGGCCCCAGUUUCUAAUUCUGUCUCUCUGGAUGUGAGUUGGGGGAGGCUGAACAACCGAGGGGUAGAGGGUGGAAUUGACUUCCCAGAUACUCCCACCUCUCCCUUCUCUCCAAACCUGAAUGUACACAGGGGAGUGUCACAGGCUGGUCGUCAAGGAGACCAGCCGUCACUGCUGAGUUCCAAACUAACAACCAGUAGCCACCUUCUCUCCCUGAGGAGGCUCAACACUAUUGCUAGCUCCACCCACUCAGAGACCAACGCUCCCUCUAUCUCCUCUCCAACCAGUCACAGGGAUGGAGAGACUUCAGGUCCACAUUUCUCUCCAACUGUAAACAAUGACAGAGCAUCAAAGACAAUUAGGGCACACCUUUCCUUAACCUCAUCCAAUGACGGAGACACAGAGAGGUCCAAGUCCCUCCCCUAUUCAGCUUCCCCCACUUACAGGACAAAAGAGAGGUCAAGGCCCCUCCCCUUACCAACUUCCAAACACAGAGAAGCAGACACACACAGAACACACCUAUUUUCAACCUCGCCCAAUUACCAAAACACAGAGGGCACACCCCGCACCAACCUUCCCCAGACUUCCAGGGUUUAUCCCAACAAAACCUUCCCCAGUAAGCAGACUCUUUUGUUUAGUGGUGUAGAGAGACGUCCGCCCUUAGAGAGAUCAGGUGCAACCACCGUCCAUCUGUCUUCCUCUCCACCAUCCCAAUAUGGCCACCUGGAAUCUCUAAGGAGUCAGCCUCUUCCCAGAGGAACCACACUGAGGUCUACUAGCCGGAGACAAUACACCAGUCUAGAGGACAGUGGGUCUAAUCCCAGUUCCCCCCUCCUCAGUCCCACUACCACCACCACUAUCAACCACAACAACAACAACCACACAUCCAGCCUCUCAUGCACUUCUAGCAACAAUAACACAGGCCCCUGUAGCACCAAUGAUAUCACAGGUGUUAAUCCCCAAAGCAGCAUCAAUAACUCCAAUAACACAGUGCAAAACACCCACACCACCCCAUCCCAACUGCAGUCCCCUAAAACCGCCUACACCCCUACCACAACCCCCCAACCACUAAUACUUAAAACCAGCUACGUCCCCAGUAACCCUAUCCCCUACACCCAACCGUUGUCCCCAGCCAGCUACACCCCCAUAUCCCUGAGUAUGACCACCACCCUGGACCCCUCUACUCCUCCCUUCUCCCCACUCAGCGCACCACCUCUUGGGGAGAGGACGUUCACAGGCAGCCUGGCCCGCUCCCUAAGAAACACCAGUACCCGGUGGAAGAGAGGGUAACAUCACAUAGAGCGUGGCAGGAGUCUCUGGAGCCACAACGCUCUGAGGAAACCAGUAGGAGGCUGUCACAGUCUCAUUCAAGUCAGAGCCCAGCUGACCUGACCAGCUCUACGGCCCCAACCAGACCCCUCCGUAGUGUAGGGUGUCCUGCCAUCUUCACCUCCCUGAGAUUGGGGAGCCCCACCCGGGCUAUGUCACUUCUGUCUCCCCAAACCCCCAGGACCACCAAACUACAGGUCUGGAGGGGAGACUCAAUGCAUAAUUUAUCCAUAAUGCCUGAUACAACGGUGAAGGAGGGAGGGCGAGCUCUCUCAGAGCGUGUUAGCAACCACACUUCACGGUUCACAUUCGACCACACGGGAACAGACUCGACCGCACUAGGACCACAGAGGAAGACGUCUGCCCCUCUCUCCCUUCCUGAUUUUGUGAGCUUUUACAAGCCUUGGUUUAGCUCCCUGCCCUACUCCACUUUCAAGUCGUCACGAACAACCCUGGAUGAGUUCACACAUACAACCUCACCACAAACCCCUCUCUCACCCUCUACCUCACCCCAACGCUACCCCUUCUACAGCCAUCGCAGGGCUGGGUCACGGAACAGUUCAAAGGUUGUUGCCUUGGAAACGGAUAAUGUCAUCAUCAACUCCAAACAGACCAGUGAAGACGAUGUUGAGACACUUGUAUACCGGAUUUCUGAGAUCGAUUCCUCCACCAUAUUGGACAGUAUUAGACUUGCACAACCCUGUUUUCCUCUACACACUCCAGACACACGAGUCGUCACAGAUAUCAAGUCAAAUGAGCUCUCCCGUCUCACCGCUGACCUCUCACAAUCGUCACAACACAGCCAGGUGAUAGGAAGUCCCAGCUGUCAAUCAUACCAAAUCGCCAAUGACAGUGGAGCAUUAGACACUGAGAAGGUUGUGUGUAAAAUGGAAAGUUUCCUUAAGAGUGCAGUGGUCCUAUUACAACCUCAGAGCCCAACGAAAGAGGCAGAGAAGGGGCAGAAGGGAAGGAACCAAAUGGACCUGGUGCUGAGUCGACUCCAGCCGACCUUCAGAGUCAACCAUCUGGAUGACGAGAGGAGGGAGAGGACACCCCAGCCUCCCUCUGUCAGCAGAGCAAGUGACGUUAGUGAUGGCACUGACUGUAGCGAAUCUAGCAAUCAAGCAGAGGAGGACAGAAAGGACAGAUGGAGGGAGAAUGAUGGCUUUAUCAAACCUUCAACCUCUUUCUGGGCUGGCAGUGAGCUCACAUCAGAUAUGACGAAGGAAAAUGUUAGAUGUGACCACUCACAAGGUUUAAAAGACAACAAAGAGGCUAGAAACAGAGACCAGCCUCAUGAUAUGGACCUUCCUCAAUUUGAGGCUUACAACGACAAAAGCUUCACUCUACCCAGAAACCAACCUUCUAGUCCAGAGAUCAGCCCAACCAGGCGACAGUUUGAAGCUUACCAAGAGGAGAGGAUCAGUAGAGCCAGAAAGCAACCUCCUCAGAGAGACUUCAGCCCUGUUAGGCAUCAACCCUGGGGCCCCAGCCGCUCUGCAAGCCUCCCUGCCUACAGAUCCUCCUCAGGCAGCCCCAGGAACACUUUCUCCGUCUUCCACUUCAGCCAUGAGGACUCCAAGAACGACAAUGUCUUCCAUUUCAACCACGAAGAUUCCAAGAACCACAAUCUCUUCCAUUUCAACCACGAGGAUUCCAAGAACCACAAUGCCUUCCAUUUCAACCACGAGGAUUCCAAGAACCACAAUGUCUUCCAUUUCAACCACGAGGAUUCCAAGAACCACAAUGUGUUACUCAGCCCCAGGCUUCCUCAUACGAAGAAGACGACCUUUCUCUGUGAGCCAGGGGAAGGAGGGUUUGGUUCCAGGGUGGGCCAGCAUGGCAGUGAGGGACGUGUGGCCUCCUUCUCCUCCUGUGCUGAUCUCAAAUAUGGUCUGGAGGCCGGACGUUCCUUCUCUGUGAGCUCUGUGCUCUCCAGUCGACCUUCUGGUCCUGGACGCAUCUCCACCAGCCCCAGGAUCAGCAGUGUCAGUUACCUCACUGACCCCUCUCUGUCCUUUGGAGAAGAAGUCAUGACUUGGGAUGACCUACGGGUCAAAGGUGAUUGGAUAAUACCAAUGUGGGACACACACACAACCACUGGUGACAGCCAAGCUGUAAAUAACUGGUCCGUCAUUAGUGACCAGACCUCCAAAAAUGAGCGUAAAACAAUCACAGCUAACUUUACAGAUCCACGCAAGUCUAGAUCCAAAUCCUUACCCAGAAAUGUAUCCUGGGGUUCAGAGGUCACUUGCCAAUCUCCGACCGCCACCGGCUGCAUGUGGAAUCCCGGCAGCCUGGAGACCUCUCACUUCCUCUGGGAUACAGAGCGUCCUGCAACCACCCCUCCAUCCCCUCUCUGGUCCCCAGCCUCCAGACGCAUAUCUCGCCCCACCAGCUCCUCCUACCCUGCCUCCACCUCCCCCACAGACCGCAGGGUGUCACAGGACAGUCUGUCCCCCAGGGGGCGCUUGCCCUCCAGGGGCUACGUCUCCAGCCUGGCUGCCUUCGAGGAGUCCGACUCAGACUCAGCCUUUGACAUGGACUCUGACACAACCACAGACGAUGAAUACUGCCUGCCAGGUGACAGCGGCGAGAAGGAAACAGAACUGUGAGAGGAGACAAUGUAUAGUCUAAAGUGGGUCUGUCUGUCUCCUUUUGGUUUCCUCACAUAGAAAGGAAACCUCUUAAGCUACCAUCUGAUUCAGAGGGGUUGGUUUAAAUGCGGAAGACACAUUUGGUUUGAAUGCGUUCAGUUGUGCAACUGACUAGGUAUCCCCUUCCCUUCCCUUUCCCUAUUUAUGACCAGUAAAAAUAGACUUCAUUUGGUGUCCAUGACAGUAAAUAAGACUGCACUGUCAGAGUGAACAAUAUAUCAUAUCACAGGUUAAAUGUCAUGGUGCUCAUGUCAUCCUGGUACUCAAAGAGCAGCUCACCACAUCCAAGACCAUGGCUCUUUGUUUGUUGAUGUCACAGGCUGCUCCGAUAUUGACCUCUCACUUUACUUUCUCAUGUGCUGAUAUUUGUUACAUGAUCGGUGGGAAGUGUACACUGAGUGUACAAAACAUUAAGAACACCUUCCUAAUAUCCUAAUAUUGAGUUUACCUCCCUUUUUUCCUCACCUGGAAAGAGCAGGUGGAAAGAGCAGGUGUUCAUAAUGUUUUGUACACUCAGUGUACACGCUGGGUUGACUGUACUACUUUAUCAGCUACACAAAAUGAGUUAACAAUGGGCUCUGUAAAGCUAUUCUAUCCCGUUCUGAUCAGGGCCUGUAUUCACAAAGCAUCCCUAAGUAGGAGUGCUGAUCUAGGAUCAGGUCCCUCCCGGUACAUAUGAUUGUAUUCAUUGUGAUCUGAAAGCCAUGAAUGAAUACAUGAAUACAGGCCCUGUUGUGGUUGAGCCCUGCACCUGAUGAGAGGUAUAUCUACCAUCAUCAGAGUGUGUGGCGUCUACAUUUAGUUGCUGCUCAUCAACAGGCUUUAAGAUAACAUCCUAUAUGAUAUACAGGGUAAAUAUCUUUGAGUGUUUUUGUUGUAAUGGGAAUGAUUGUUUGCGUUUCUUUUUUGGUUAUCCUUGAAGGCUUUUCGUGAAAUGCUUAUGUAUGCAUGAUAAACAGAUCAUUGUUAUUCAACUUUUGUCAAUUACUUUUUAUAUAUGGUUAGCGGCGAUGGAAAUGAAUAACUCUACCUACAUGUACAUACUACCUCAAUUACCUCGACACCGGUGCCCCUACACAUUGACUCUGUACCAGUACCCCCUGUAUACAGUCUCACUAUUGUUAUUUACUGCUGCUCUUUAAUUAUUUGUGAUUCUUAUCUCUUACUUUUGUUAAGUAUUUUCUUAAAACUACAUUGUUGGUUAAAGGCUUGUAAGUAAGCAUUGUUACAUGUUGUAUUCGGCAUUUCACUGUGAGGUCUACUACACCUGUUGUAUUCAGCAUUUCACUGUGAGGUCUACUACACCUGUUGUAUUCAGCAUUUCACUGUGAGGUCUACUACACCUGUUGUAUUCAGCAUUUCACUGUGAGGUCUACUACACCUGUUGUAUUCAGCAUUUCACUGUGAGGUCUACUACACCUGUUGUAUUCAGCAUUUCACUGUAAGG